CCGCCGCCGCCGCCGCCGCAGUGCUUAGCUUCCCAGGGACAGGAAACCUUCGAGACCGAGCCGCCACUGCCGCCUCCCCGACUGCUCCCCAUUCCGCGCGCCUGCCACACCCUCCUCCCCUUCUUCCAGUAUUUUCCGGUGGGGCACUGCAGGGACUCGGCCCGCGCGGCAGUCUCCCCCUCCCGGGGGAAAGCUGUGACCCCCCCCGCAAGAGCGGCGGGGCGGGGUGGGGGGGCCCGGGAGAAGAUGGCGACGCCGGGAAGCGAACCCCAACCUUUCGUCCCUGCCCUCUCGGUGGCUACUCUGCACCCACAUCAUCAUCCCCACCACCACCACCAUCAGCACCACGGAGGAACCGGAGCCGGCAGCGGGGUCGGGGGAGGCGGCGGCGGCGGCGGCAGCGGGGGCUUCAACCUGCCCUUGAACCGGGGGCUGGAGCGCGCGCUAGAGGAAGCGGCCAAUUCCGGGGGGUUGAACCUCAGCGCCAGGAAACUGAAGGAAUUUCCCAGGACCGCGGCCCCCGGGCACGACCUCUCGGACACGGUGCAGGCAGAUUUAUCUAAAAACAGACUGGUCGAAGUCCCAAUGGAAUUGUGCCAUUUCGUAUCACUGGAAAUUCUUAAUCUGUAUCAUAAUUGUAUCAGAGUCAUUCCUGAGGCCAUCAUUAAUCUGCAGAUGCUGACCUACUUAAACUUGAGUCGAAAUCAGCUGUCUGCCCUGCCUGCCUGCCUGUGUGGUCUGCCUCUCAAAGUCUUAAUCGCAAGUAACAACAAACUUGGAGCGCUGCCCGAAGAGAUAGGUCAGCUCAAACAGUUGAUGGAGUUGGAUGUCAGCUGCAACGAGAUCACAGCCUUGCCCCAGCAGAUAGGUCAGUUGAAAUCUCUACGGGAACUGAAUGUCAGAAGAAAUUACCUUAAAGUUUUACCACAAGAACUAGUAGAUCUUCCCUUGGUAAAGUUUGACUUUUCCUGCAAUAAAGUGCUCGUGAUUCCCAUUUGUUUUAGAGAGAUGAAACAGCUGCAAGUGUUACUGCUUGAGAACAACCCUUUGCAGUCUCCUCCAGCGCAGAUUUGCACAAAGGGCAAAGUGCACAUAUUCAAGUAUCUGAGUAUACAAGCAUGUCAGAUUAAGACAACCGACUCCCUUUAUCUCCACACGAUGGAGAGGCCACAUUUACACCAGCACGUGGAAGACAGCAAGAAGGAUUCGGAUUCGGGUGUUGGAAGUGAUAAUGGAGAUAAGCGUUUAUCUGCCACAGAGCCUUCUGAUGAAGACACUGUUAGCCUCAAUGUGCCAAUGUCAAAUAUCAUGGAAGAAGAACAGGUCAUCAAGGAGGACUCGUGCCAUCGCCUUAGCCCCGUUAAAGGGGACUUUCAUCAGGAAUUUCAACCAGAGCCUUCCCUUUUGGGUGACAAGGACAACUCAGGAGAAGAAAGAGACCAAUUUACUGAUGGAACAGAUGUUCUCCAUUCAGAAUUUAUAACCUAUAUUAAGGAUAGGGCUGAGGACUGUGAAGAACUGCUACGGAUAGAAGAGGACACGCACUGGCAGUCUGAGGGAAUAGUAAAUUCGUCCAAAGACCAGGACAUGAAUAUAGCAAUGAUUGAACAAUUGAGAGAAGCAGUAGAUUUGCUGCAAGAUCCCAACAGAUUAAGCACCAAUAUUACAGAGAGAAAUGUUGUAAACUUUUAUCCUAUGGAAUCAGCAGAAGCCUUAGACUUACAAGAUUCUGCACUAAAUGGUCAAAUACAGCUGGAGACCUCUCCGGUUUGCGAGGUGCAAAAUGAUCUCACUUUACAGAGCAAUGGCAGCGAGUAUUCUCCAAAUGAGAUGAGAGCGAACUCGCCUGCCAUCCCUCCCACCACCAACAGCACCGCUCCGUUUGGCCUGAAACCUCGAUCAGUGUUUCUAAGACCUCAGAGAAAUUUGGAAUCUAUAGACCCACAGUUUACAAUUCGGAGGAAAAUGGAACAGAUGAGAGAAGAGAAGGAACUGGUGGAACAACUCCGUGAGAGCAUCGAGAUGAGACUCAAGGUCAGCCUGCACGAAGACCUGGGGGCCGCACUCAUGGACGGUGUGGUUCUCUGCCACCUGGUCAAUCACAUCCGCCCGCGAUCGGUCGCAAGCAUCCACGUCCCCUCGCCAGCAGUUCCCAAACUUAGCAUGGCCAAAUGCAGAAGAAAUGUGGAAAACUUUUUGGAAGCAUGCCGAAAAUUAGGAGUACCAGAGGAAAAACUGUGUCUACCCCACCACAUCCUUGAAGAGAAAGGCCUGGUCAAAGUGGGCAUUACCGUUCAAGCCUUACUAGAUGUAACGGUAACAAAGACUCUGUUCACAUGAAACCAGCUCCUCUCUCCUUUGGGUCGGUUCAGACUCUUGUCUCGUCAGAGAUCUUGAACUCUGCUCUCAGCACCUGUUCCUCCUACCCUCCCGCUCACUGCCUGUCAGCUCCCUGGCUCUGGUUGCAUUGAAGGGAGGACAGAAGGGAAGAUUUUCCGCCUUUCAGAACUGACUUCCAUUGUUAAGAUUUGAGAGAUAUUGACCUUAAAGCCAGUGAGGGAGCUGUCACUGAAGGACUGAGCAGCACAUCAAUGCCUUUUACAACCUCCUUCAUCCCUUCCACGCUCACCUACUGCCAUUACCAACACACCAAGCACAACCGUUUUUGCAACAAGAUGCACUCGUUUUAUUCCAACCAAACUUCUUGUGUAUUUAGUGGGGGGAGGGGGACUCAAUCAGGUAUUCCACCACCAAAUUUUUCAAGACGUUUCUUGAGACCAUUGCCUUUUAAAAAACUAUUUUCGACAUACAAAAUAUUUAUAUAAAUAUUAUUUAUUAGUGAGUUGUUAUUCAUCCUUUGGAUGCAAAUUGUAAAUUAGGAAACUAUUUUAUUACUGCUUUUUUGUGGUUAAACACUUUAUUUUAAUAUUAUAAAUAUUGAAUUAUUUUCUAUCCUCUUUGGUGUGCAGUAGUUCUAGGUCUCAGUAAUCAUGUUUUCUGGUGUAUGGGACUCAGCCAAAAAAAAAGCCAAAAACAGGUGCUUCUGUGACAAGAACUGUUUUCUGGGGAGGCAUUAUUUACACUUUGGUUUAUGGAACAUUGGUUUUAUUUAUAUUUCUGCAUUCCAUCCAGUUUCCUACAUUCCAGCAGCCCUGUUAUCCUCUCAUAUAACGAACUGACUGAAAUCAAGAGAGCACCCCAAAGUUAUUUGUAAAUAGCUGUGAUGAAAAAAAAGGCAUAUUAAACUUGAAGAUGAAAUGUGAACAAUUA